AAAAAAGCGAACUGUUUAAUUUCUAUUUUAAGUUAAAGUAUUAUUCAAUAUCGUUUUUUUGUUGCAAUACUUACAAUGUGUAAUAAUGUUUAGUUUAAUUAUACGCUCUGUGAGAACGUUUAACAUGUGAUAUGUAGUUGAAUAUAAAAUUGACAUAAGAUUAACAUAUAUAGUAUUAUUAGUAUUUAAGUUUAAAUUUAUAAUAUUGCAAAACUGUUGCUGUAUGUUUUGUAUGUGCUGCAUUCAUUUAUACUAACAUGGUUCUUAUAAAGUGUCAUGAAAAUAGUUGUAAUGAAUAUUUUGAAAGCAUUGAUGCUCUUCAAAUUCAUUUCACUAUAAAACAUCCAACAUGUACAUAUUUCAGAUGCAAUAUAGACACUUGUAGACGUUCAUUUAAUGUGUGGAAUUCGUUUAGAAAACACUUGAGCAAAAACCAUGAUAUGCCCAAUCGCUUUGACAAUUCUAAUAAUGUAAUACAAAUAGAUUCUGUAGACUCUUACGAUCAGACACACACUGAAACUUUUUUUGAAACAAAUGUUCUCCAUGAAACAGAAUUAUUUGAUAACAUAUCACCUUCAGAUUUUUAUACUAUGUUGGAAAAACAUGCUAAUAUUCUUAUAUCUCAAAUUAAUACAAAACCAGGUCUCCCACGUAAUCAGGUUGAGUCUAUAAUCGAAAAUAUUUGUAGUUUUCUCAGUGGAAGUUUCCUUAACAUUUUGGAGCAAAAAGUAUUAAAUACACUUUCAACUUGUCACGCAAAGGCGGAAGAUAUUAACAGCAUUCAAGACAUGUUUAAAUCUCUGAGUAAUCCAUUCCACCAUCUAUCCACAGAAUACAAACGCAUAAAGUAUUUUAAAUCUACAGGCGCAUAUAUACCACCUGAAACUUACUACAUUGAUUCUUGUAUAGAGAAGAAAAAUACAAAAAAUGGUGUAAAACUGCAAAUGAAACCAGUAACUGCACAGUACAUUUCACUUAGAAAAGUUCUAAAGAAAUUUUUUGAGCUUCCUGAUGCUUUCAAUAGUACAAUACAAUACAUGCAGCAACUACAAACGGAGCCAAAUAUGAUAUAUAAUUUUAUACAAUGUGAAAGAUGGCGAUCUGUAACCACUAAAUACUUUAAACAGUCGGAUAUAGUGUUUCCACUUCUAAUUUAUUAUGAUGACUGGGAACCUAAUAACCCUCUGGGACCACAUUUAGAAAAGAUAGGUGCAGUGUAUGUAACAGUACCCUGUCUGCCCCCAGAAUGCCAAUCCAAGUUGGAUAAUAUCUUUUUAGCUCUUCUGUUUCAUAGUAAUGAUAGAAAGAAUUUUGGUAAUAGGAAAACAUUUGCUCCAUUGAUUAAUGAACUCAUUUUUUUAGAAACUGAAGGGAUAGAAAUAAAUACAAUGAAAGAGAAUAAGAGAGUUUAUUUUGCUACCAGUAUUUUGACUGGAGAUAAUCUUGGUAUUCACUCCAUGUGUGGAUUAGUUGAAAGUUUUUCUGCUAAAUUUAUGUGCCGUUUUUGUAAAGCAUCAAAACUUUUGACCGAGGUCCAGUGCACUGAAGACUUAACUUUGUUAAGAACUUCUGAAAGCUACCAAAAUGACUUAAGUGCAGAAAAUGCAAGUCUGACUGGAAUUAAAGAAGAGUGUAUUUUUAAUGUCGUACCAUCGAUAGAUAUUAUAGAAAUGCCUUUUGUUGAUGGAAUGCACGACUGUUUGGAAGGUAUAGGACACUACUCAAUGAUUCCUAUCUUGAAACACUUUUCACAAUUAGAUCCCUUAUUUAUAGAAACGCUCAACUGCAGAAUAAAUAUGUUUGAUUAUGGUCCUUAUGACAGUCUAAAUAAGCCACGUUGUAUAACUCUUGAAAUGUUAGAAAAGAGUAAAUUGAAAAUGACAGCAAAUGAAAUGAGUGUACUCGUACGUUUGUUUGGAAUCUUUAUUGGCGAUCUAGUUCAUGAAAAUGAUGAGUUCUGGCAAUUAUAUCUAUUAUUACAUGAUAUCUUUAGCAUAAUUCAGGCAAAAAGACUUCCAUCGGAUAUAAAAUAUGUUUUACAAAUUUUAACAAAAGAGCACAAUGAGUUAUACCUUAGAAUCACCGGAGAAAAAUUGAAACCUAAACAUCAUUUUCUUUUGCACUAUGCCAGAAUAUUUAAUUACAUGGGACCGUUUGCAAAUGUAUCCUGCAUGCGUUUUGAAGCUAUGCAUAAACGUUUGAAAGCAUAUUGCACUGCAACAGAAUCAAGAAAAAAUCUUCUCUUGUCUCUUGCUAUCAAAUUUCAGCUGAGUUUGUGCUAUAGAUUUACAACACAGUGUAGCAUUCUAUCUUGCCUUCUUAGAGGGCCUGGAAAAAGUAAAAAGCUUUCAGAAUUUCCUCAGUAUUCGUUCUUCAAAUUAUCACUCCCUAAUUCUCUGAAAAUGAAUUCUGAAAAUUAUUGUAUGAACUGGAUAGAAUGGAAAAAUGUUCGAUAUAAACUUGGAUUUGCUCUUAUUACGGGAACAGAUAGUUCUGGAGAUUUAUGCUUUGGACUUAUAAAAAUUAUUUUAUUACAUGAAGGUGAACCUUUGUUUAUAUGUUCACCUUUAUUUAAUAUAGGAUUAAAUUCUCAUGUCAAAGGGUAUGAAGUAGAAUGUGACAAUGAAAAUGAUAAAUGGUUUUGCAUAAAAGGUACUGAACUUGUUGAUUACCAACCACUUUACAUGUAUCAAAUGGCAAAUGGAGAACGUUACAUUGUUUUAAAGUAUUUUUUGUGAGACUGAUAAAUUAAAAAUAAAAAUAUGUUUAUUUUACUAUGAUUGUUACAUGAUACUUACUACUAAAAUAUUUAUAUUUUUGGUUGGUUGGUAAUCAACAAGUUCAGUAACCAUUCAUUUUCAUUGUUACA